CUCUCUCUCUCUCACCAUGGCUCAUCUCUUUGCAACAACCAUUAUCACAGUAAUAUUCCUUAUUUCAGCCACCAACUUCUUCUUCUCCCCAACCCUUCUCUCAGCCACCCUCCCACUACUUCCCCUCAUUGUCUUCUACUUCGGCCGCCGCCGCAGCUCCGCCAACCUCCCGCCAGGCCCUUUCUCCAUUCCAAUAUUCGGAAACUGGCUGCAAGUUGGCAAUGACUUAAACCACGGCGUUUUAGCCACCAUGGCUCAAACCUACGGCCCCCUGUUCCUCCUCAAACUCGGCUCCAAAAACUUAGCCGUCGUGUCGAACCCCGAGCUCGCCACCCAAGUCCUCCACACGCAGGGUGUCGAGUUCGGGUCGCGCCCGCGAAACGUGGUCUUCGAUAUAUUUACCGGCAAUGGGCAGGACAUGGUGUUCACCGUGUACAGCGAUCAUUGGCGGAAGAUGCGCCGCAUCAUGACUCUGCCGUUUUUCACCAACAAAGUUGUGCACAGCUACAGUGACAUGUGGGAGGAGGAGAUGGAUCUUGUUGUUGAUGAUCUGAAGAAAGAUGAGAUGGUGAAGACGAAGGGGUUGGUGAUCAGGAAGCGGCUGCAAUUGAUGCUCUACAAUAUCAUGUAUCGGAUGAUGUUUGAUGCAAAGUUUGAGUCGCAGGAGGACCCUUUGUUCAUCGAUGCGACUCGGUUUAAUGCUGAGAGGAGUCGGUUGGCUCAGAGCUUUGAGUAUAAUUAUGGAGAUUUCAUUCCUCUGCUUCGACCCUUUUUGAGAGGCUACUUGAACAAAUGCAGAGAUUUGCAGAGUAGACGGCUGGCUUUUUUCAAUAACUUCUUCGUUGAGAAAAGAAGGAAAAUAAUGGCUGCAAAUGGAGAGAAACACAAAAUAAGCUGUGCCAUUGAUCACAUAAUAGAUGCUGAGAUGAAAGGAGAAAUCAGUGAAGCAAAUGUGUUAUACAUAGUGGAGAACAUCAACGUAGCAGCCAUAGAAACAACAUUGUGGUCCAUGGAGUGGGCCAUAGCUGAGCUGGUCAACCAUCCAACUGUCCAACGCAAGAUCCGCGAUGAAAUCUCAACCGCCCUAAAGGGUCAACCAGUCACAGAAUCUAACCUCCAUGAGCUACCCUAUUUGCAAGCCACAGUAAAAGAGACACUAAGGCUGCAUAGCCCAAUACCUUUGUUGGUGCCCCAUAUGAACCUUGAAGAAGCAAAGCUAGGGGGUUACACCAUUCCAAAAGAGUCUAAGGUAGUAGUUAACGCGUGGUGGCUAUCAAACAACCCCGAGUGGUGGAAAAACCCUGAGGAAUUUCGGCCGGAGCGGUUCUUGGAAGAAGAAGGUGGCACGGAUGCCGCAGUUGGCGGAAAAGUUGAUUUCCGAUUCUUACCAUUUGGCAUGGGUAGAAGGAGUUGCCCGGGCAUCAUACUUGCACUACCAAUAUUAAGCCUUGUGAUUGCCAAAUUAGUGUGUAAUUUUGAGAUGAAGGCCCCAGUUGGAAUGGAGAAGAUUGAUGUGAGUGGAAAGGGGGGGCAAUUCAGCUUGCACAUUGCAAGCCACUCAACCGUCGCUUUCGAUCCGAUUAGGGCAUGAUUUUGGGCAAAAAAUGGUCAAAGUAAAUGGCCGAAGAAGAAUCGAAUGGGAAGUGCUAUUUUCAUUUUUGCUUUGAUUGUUUCCACUAAAUGAAAGGUAGUGUUAAAAAAGCAUUUCAAAAAAGGACGUAGAAAAGUCCAGACAAUAAAAGAAAGGAUAAUUUAUUUAGAAUUGCCAUGUGCUCUAGUGAGCAUUUUAUUUUACUUUUCCCCCCUUCUUCUUGGAUGUGCUACUUUUAUUUCAGACAAUUGGUAGUCAAUCAGGAUUCCCUAAAAUUCUAGCCUCAAGGGACAGGACUGUAAGGGACCAAAUCCCAUUUUAUUUUUUUU